UGGAGCGCGGGUCCAGCCCGCGGCGCGCGCCGAUGACGUUGCAGCGUCCCUAGCGACGGCGGUCACUAGGGAGCGGCGCGCGGAUGACGUCAGGAGGCGGCUCCCUUAGCAACGGUGGUCCUUAGGGAGCGGCGGACGCGGCAGCAUGGACGCGACCACCGCCCCGCACCGCAUCCCCCCGGAAAUGCCCCAGUACGGGGAGACGCACCACAUCUUCGAGAUGAUGCAGAACUUGCUGGAGCAACUUCUGAUCCACCAGCCCAAGGAUCCCAUCCAGUUCAUGAUCGAUCACUUGCAGCGAAACAACGACCACGUGCCGAAGAUUGUGAUCCUGGGUCCACCCGCCUCCGGGAAGACCACGAUCGCCAUGUGGCUCGCCAAGCACCUGAAGACCAACCUCCUGACCGUGGAGAGCCUGCUGGCCAUGGGCCACUCGGAGCUGGCCCAGGAGGCCCGGAGGCACUACGCCAGGAAGAGGUCCGUGCCCAGCAUGCUGCUCGUCAGGCUGGUCCAGGAGCGCCUGAGCGACGAGGACUGCAUCAGCCGGGGCUGGAUCCUGGACGGCAUCCCCGAGACGCGGGAGCAGGCGAUGAUGGUCCAGACCCUCGGGAUCACCCCCCGGCACGUCAUCGCGCUGAGCGCCCCAGACACAGUCCUGAUCGAGAGGAACUUGGGGAAGAGAAUCGACCCUCAAACUGGAGAGAUCUACCACACCACCUUCGACUGGCCGCCCGAGGCUGAGAUCCAGAACCGCCUGGUGGUGCCGGAGGGCAUCUCAGAGCCGGAGACGGUGCAGCGGCUGCUGCGGCACCACAGGAACAUCGUCCGGGUGCUCCCCUCGUACCCCGGCAUCCUGAAGGCCAUCAGCGCCGACCAGCCCUGCGUGGACGUCUUCUACCAGGCUCUGACCUACGUCCAGACCAACCGUCGGUCCAACGCCCCCUUCACGCCCAGGGUGCUGCUCUGCGGGCCCGUGGGCAGCGGGAAGAGCCUGCAGGCCGGGCUCCUGGCCCAGAAGUACGGCCUCGUCAACGUGUGCUGCGGGCAGCUGCUGAAGGAGGCCGUGGCCGACAAGUCCAGACAAGGCGAGGCCAUCCAGCCCUUUUUUGAAAAGGAGAUGACAGUCCCCGACAGCCUCGUCCUGAAGGUGCUGAGCCAGCGCCUGAGCCGGCAGGACUGCGUGCAGCGAGGGUGGGUGCUGCACGGCUUCCCGCGGGACCUGGACCAGGCGCACCUGCUGGACACCACGGGCCACAAGCCCAACAGGGUCUUCUUCCUGAACGUGCCAUUAGACUCGGUCAUCGAGCGGCUGACCCUGAGGAGAACUGAUCCCAUCACCGGAGAAAGGUACCACCUCAUAUACAAGCCGCCUCCCACCAUGGAGGUCCAGGCCCGUCUCCGGCAGAACCCCAAGGAUGCCGAAGAGCAAGUCAAGUUCAAGAUGGACCUGUUCUACAGGAACUCGGCCGAGCUGGAGGAGUUCUACAAGCAGGCCAUCACCCUCAACGGGGACCAGGACCCCUACACCGUCUUCGAGUACAUCGAGAGCGGGAUCACCCACCCCCUGCCCCAGAAAGGCCCCUGAGGCCAGCGGAGCCGGGGCGCCCCCCC